AUGCAACAUCACGGCGUCCAGCCUCAUUCCACACUCACCUCCAACACCAUACACUCUCCUCCUUCGUCCUUCAUCCUUCACCCCCCAAGCUGCAUCGAGGCCAACAUGACUCGCAACCCUCCAACCCUCCGCAAGACGGCCUCAAAUGCCGACCUCUACUCCGAUCCAUCUCCGCCGCGGCCGCUGCGCCACGCGUACUCUACCCUCUCCCGCUCGCAUACCACCGCAUCGCUCUCCCACCGUCCCAAGGCAGAGAAGACGGCAGAAAGAGUGGUGAACCGAGCAGCUCUUGCCGAUUUCAGGCAGAGGCACAGCAUAGCCGGGCCAUCGUACAACCUUAUCGACAUCGAGGAGGACUUCCAGCCGCUGUCGAGGCAGCAUCAGAACCCGCCACCCGUGCCACCCAAGAUUCCCGAGGUACCUGAGCAGCAAGAUGGGCUUAAGGCGGCACGUCCUGCCGCUUCGCACCCAUGGCACCCGGGUCCAACAAGGUCAAAAGACGAUGCGGCCAAGUACACGAAGCCUUUCACCGACUGGAUGACUGCCAACCCGACCAUCUUCCACGCUGUAGAUGCUGUGGCGCAGCAGUUGGAGAAGGAGGGUUACAAGAAGCUCUCUGAGCGAGAUGAGUGGGAUCUCAAGGCUGGCGGCAAGUACUACGUCGCUCGCAAUGGAACCUCGCUCAUUGCGUUUGCUGUUGGCGGUGGAUAUACGGUUGGAAAUGGUGCUGCCAUCAUCGCGGGACACAUCGAUGCCCUGACCGCGAAACUCAAGCCUAUUCCCAAGUUGCGCAACAAGGCUGGCUACGUUCAGCUCGGCGUUGCCCCCUACGCUGGUGCGCUGAGCGACACGUGGUGGGACCGUGACCUCGGCAUCGGUGGACGUGUACUCGUGAAGGAGAACGGAAAGAUCGUGACCAAGCUGGUCAAGCUGGGCUGGCCCAUUGCGAAGAUCCCUACACUUGCACCGCAUUUUGGAGCUGCUGCCGUUGGCCCCUUCAACAAGGAGACCAACAUGGUUCCCAUUAUUGGCAUCGACAACUCCGACCUUUCUGCUACAUCAAGUACCGAUGAGGAGUGGAAAGCUGGCAUGUUGGGUGGGGAAGGCACAUUUGCUGCUACUCAGCCUCCAAGGCUGAUGAAGGUCAUCGCACGCGAGCUCGGCAUCACAGACUACUCCUCCAUUGUGAACUGGGAGCUCGAACUCUUUGACACCCAACCCGCCUGCACUGGCGGCCUCGACCACGAAUUCAUCUUCGCUGGCCGUAUCGAUGACAAACUCUGCUCGUGGGCUGCCGUUCAAGCGCUCAUCAACUCCGCUUCCUCCGUAUCCGACUCUUCGCAGAUCCGCAUGAUCGCCCUCUUCGACGACGAGGAAGUCGGUUCUCUCCUCCGCCAAGGCGCUCGCGGCAACUUCCUGCCCAGCGUCAUGGAGCGCAUCGUCGAGGAAUUCGACGGCAAGAAGAGCGCCCUAGGCCGCACAUAUGCGAACUCCUUCCUCGUCUCCAGCGACGUCAUCCACGCCGUCAACCCCAACUUCCUCAACGCAUAUCUGGAAAACCACUCACCGCGCCUCAACGUCGGCCCCGCCAUCAGCGCCGACAGCAACGCCCACAUGACUACCGACGCCGUCUCCACGGCUAUCUUGCAGCGAUGCGUGGACAGCGAUGUCGGUGCCCGUACACAGGACCCUAAACUCCAGGUCUUCCAGAUCCGCAAUGAUAGCAGGAGUGGUGGCACUGUUGGGCCCAUGCUCUCUGCUGCAACGGGUAUUCGCGCGAUUGACUGCGGUAUCCCACAGUUGAGCAUGCACAGCAUCCGCGCUACGACGGGCAGUCUCGAUCCGGGGCUGGGCGUGUUUGCGUUCCAGAGCUUCUUGGAGAGGUUUGAGGGCGUGGACAAGGAGUUCAAGGACUAGAUGUAUACAAGAAUACAAGAUCCCAACUUUGCA